CGAAACAUUGUCAUUGUCGGCGCUUCCUUUGCAGGCUACCGAGUGGCCCAGGUCAUUGCAGGGGGCCUACCUCCCCGAAGCCCAUACCGAGUCGUAGUCGUCGAGCCAAACAGCCAUUUCCAUUUCACUUGGGUGCUGCCGAGAUUCUGCGUUGUCAAGGGCCACGAACACAAGGCGUUCAUUCCAUAUGGAGGCUACAUGGCUGGCGCUCCAGAGGGUUCUUACCGCUGGGUAAAGGACAAGGUUGUCGACAUUGACCAAGCAACCGUGAAGCUACAGGAUAGCGGCGAAGCGAUUCCCUACGAAUUCUUAGUUGUCGCUACCGGCUCGGGGGUCAGGGAAGGCCUUCCUUCGCGAGUCAAUGCUACGGACAAGCUGGAUGGAAUGAAGCUUCUCCAACGCAUGCAGAACCGCAUCGAAGCAGCCAAGACAGUUGUCGUCGUGGGAGGAGGCGCCGCAGGAGUCGAAGUCGCCACAGACGCCAAGGCUCUCUAUCCAGAGAAGCACAUCGUCCUGAUUCACUCCAGAGCCGCAGUGAUGCACCGAUUUGGUCAAGGUCUCCAGAAAGCCGCGCGCGAAGGGCUCGAAAGGCUGGGAGUGGAACUCGUGCUUCAAGACCGUGUUGUUAAUGAAGACGCAACCUCUGGGACCGUCACCCUUCGGUCUGGCCGAACAAUCACCUGUGAUUUCUUCAUGAACUGCACAGGACAGAGGCCACUAUCUGACGUGCUUUCCAAUCUCUCUCCCGACUCCAUCUCGCCCUCAGGACACAUCAAAAUCAAGCCGACCCUCCAGAUAGCGGACGAUUCUCUGCCAAACGUCUACGCAUGCGGCGAUGUCGCCGACACCGACACCCCAAAUCCAAACGCACGAUCAGCGAUGCGGCAGGCGACCGUCGUGGCGGAAAAUAUCCUUCUUGCAGUGGCAGGCAAGACGCCUAGCCACAUAUACAAGAACCUCUGGGCAGAUGGUGUCAUUAAGCUGACUCUAGGG